GUUUGUGUUUUUUUGUUUCAAAAUUUUCUUUUACUUAUCCUGCUCACUUACCACUGCAUAUGCUGCGCACCAUCGCCGGAGAUGAAACCGGCGUCGGAGUAUAUGUUAAGAAAAUCGAGGUACAGGAGAAGGUAACCCACUAGCAAAAAAGAUCAACGGCUAGGAUUUUAUCAGUGGAUCCCGCUGUCAAGAAUGGACGGUCAGAAGCUUACUAGGAACCACUCAUCACUCCUCCGGUCAUCUCCCACCGUCCGAUCAUCCAUCCACAGCUUAUCUUCCAUGAACAAGAUCACGCCUGAUGAAGUAAUAGAGGACCUCGAAGAGCAAAAACCCCACAGCAGGCCCGGUUCGACGCAGGUUCGAUCCGGUUCAGUGCGUCUGACUCUGGUUGUUGCCAUCCUGUUCCUCUAUUUAUACACCCUUUUCGCCUUUUUCAACACGGACGACAUAGCCACCUCUGAAAAUCUGCUUUUAGGGCUUAUUUUUAUCGCGGUUUUACUUUUUUUCGCCUCGAAAAAUAAGUCAGUAGUCCACAGUAGCUUCCACAGUAGCUUUAGUUUUUGUAAGGAAUUGUGUUAUGAGUGUAAAAAAAAAGUUGGGUUCCCCUGUUUCACCUCCAAGAACAAUGAAAAGUCAGUGAAAUGGUUCAUUGGUGAAUCAAACUUAGAUUACAAAGAGAGUCCUAAGAAAAUUAUUAGAGAAGGUGUGGAGUUUUACAGUAAUGGGGAUUACUAUGAAGGUGAGUUUCACCAAGGUAAAUGCAAUGGGAGUGGAGUUUACAAUUACUUCGCGAAUGGACGAUAUGAGGGAGACUGGAUUGAUGGGAAAUAUGAUGGGUAUGGAGUCGAGAGUUGGUCAAGGGGGAGUCGAUACCGUGGGCAGUAUAGGCAGGGAUCGAGGCAAGGCUAUGGAGUUUAUAAGUUUUACACUGGGGAUACAUAUGCUGGGGAGUGGUGUAAUGGGCAGAGCCAUGGGAUUGGAAUGCAAUCUUGUGCUGAUGGUAGCUGUUACAUUGGAGAGUUCAAAUAUGGGAUUAAACAUGGCCUUGGGUGUUACCAUUUUAGAAAUGGAGAUAGAUAUGCCGGUGAAUAUUUUGGUGAUAAAGUUCAUGGUUUUGGCGUAUAUCACUUUUUGAAUGGUCAUUGUUACGAGGGAUCAUGGCAUGAAGGACGAAAACAAGGUUAUGGUAUGUAUGCUUUCCGAAAUGGUGAGACGAGAUGUGGCGAAUGGGAUGGUGGAAAUCUUAAGGCGCCCCUUCCCUCUCUAAACGAUGCAGUUCUACGAGCUGUUCAGGCUGCUAGAAAAACUGCAGACAAUGCAAUAAAACUGCGCAAGGUGGACGAACAAGUGAACAAGGCUGUUACGGCUGCAAACCGAGCUGCCACUGCUGCCAGAGUUGCUGCGGUGAAAGCUGUUCAGAACAGGAUCGAUGGAAAAUUCUGCAAUACUUAUGUUUAAGGUAUCGUCCAUAAAUGUAAAUCUUCCAAGUUAAUCCAGUGAAAAUGAAAUAUGAGCACCCCGAUAAACAUUUUGCUUAUCGGAGGUUGAAAUUAUGUUGUGGUUUAGUGCAAUCUGUACAUAGUUCAUGCAAUAUCAAUGAAAAGUAAAAAUAAAUUUUCAGCGAGUUCA